GUGUGCUUAUUGGUCAAACCUCACCUAUAUAUAUAAAUAUAUGCCAACCACUUUGUCCCUUCGAUCCUGUAAAAAACUUAACAGGAAGAAAGUCAUCUCUCUCUCUAAAGAGCACAACACCAUGACUAGUACGGGCAGGGAGAUUCUCCACAAGAUGAAGGUGAAGGCUGGAUUGAGUUCAUCUGCAUCUGGUGACACAGGGAAAGGCAAGAGCAAGAUGUCAAAGCAUAUUACACAUGGUUAUCAUACGGUGGAGGGAAAAUCAAAUCAUGCCAUGGAAGAUUAUGUAGUCUCUGAUUUCAAGCAAGUGCAUGACAAAGAGUUGGGCUUAUUUGCUAUAUUUGAUGGUCAUUUGGGACAUGAUGUUGCAAGCUACUUACAAACACAUUUGUUCGAUAAUAUCUUGAAAGAGGCUGCAGCUAGCUAUUGGAAGCAGAUUUUUAUUGUUAUUGUUUUUUUUUUCCUCAAGCAGCAUGACUUCUGGACUGAUACGGAGAGUGCAAUAAGGAGAGCUUAUCGUGCAACGGAUGCUGAGAUAUUGGAGAAUGCGAUUGCCUUAGGAAAGGGAGGAUCAACUGCUGUUACAGCAAUACUGAUCAAUGGCCAGAAGCUAGUAGUAGCAAAUGUGGGAGAUUCUCGAGCAGUUAUGUGCAAGAAUGGUGUGGCCAAACAGCUGUCUGUUGAUCAUGAGCCAAGCAGGGAAAAGGGAAUGAUCGAGAGUCGAGGUGGUUUUGUGUCAAAUAUUCCUGGGGAUGUCCCACGAGUCGAUGGGCAGCUUGCUGUAGCGAGGGCAUUUGGUAACAAGAGCUUGAAGAUACACCUCAGUUCCGAACCUGAUAUGUCCGAGCAGAUGAUUCACAAUGAUAUAGAGUUUCUCAUUCUGGCAAGUGAUGGCAUAUGGAAGGUGAUGUCAAACCAAGAAGCAGUAGACUGUAUAAAGCACAUUAAGGAUGCUCAUUCAGCAGCGAAGAACCUGGUAGAAGAGGCACUUUCCAGGAAAAGUAAGGAUGACAUAUCUUGCAUAGUUGUAAGGUUUCGAUGAUAACUAUCUUUGGGAAAGCAGAAUCUGAGAUUUCCAUUAACGGUGGAAAUGCUAGCUAAUAUGUGCAUCUAUACUAUACAUAGACCUUUUCCCCUUCUGUUAUAUAGAAUGUUGUAAUCAUUGUUGCAUUUACAAUUGAGAAAAUAAAGUUCACUUAUUACUUGAAA